AUAUUUAAUUUCAGUAGUUUCGAUUUCAUUAUAGGGGGACUAGUGUACAUGGGAGGGGUAUAUUUCCCAGAAUACAACACGAGGGGAGGCUGAAAUAUGACGUUUAUAUUUAAUCAUGGUACCACUAGGGAGGAGAUGGGAAGAAAGUGCUAAGCUACCCGAAACAUAAACCAAGUCGGCAUUUGCGCUGCACCGGAACAAGUGAGCACGCCUUCCUCUGUGCACACUCACCCACCAGAGGCGGCCAGCCCAGCCGGGACCAUGAGCGAGCGUGGCCCUCGCACGGAGGCCUCCAUAUUUUUGCAGGUGGGGGUGGACCGCCUCGAGCACGAUGACAAAGAGGACAACGAUGAAGACAAGAUGGCRCACUACGACGACGACAAAGAUGACGACGACCUGAUGUCGGCACCCUCGGGCUCCCGCGUCUACGACCGCACUACGGUGCUCAUCGAGCAGGACCCCAUCCGGCUGGACGAGGAGGGAGAGGAGGACCAUGGACACUGCGUCGGGGGGGACCACGACGACGGGGGAACUUUCCUGGUCGAUGAGGAGGAGGAGGAGGAAGAGGAGGAAGGCUCUAUGACCUUCAUGGGCGACCAGGACGGCAUGUCGCAGGGAUACGUGCAUCACACCAUCUCGCCCGACCAGAUCCAGUUCAUCAUCAACCCGGGUUCCAUGGCCAUGCCGCGCAACAUCGAGGGGGCCACCCUCACCCUGCACUCAGAGUGUCCGGAGACCAAGCAAAGAGAGGUGAAGCGGUACCAGUGCAUGUUUGAGGGCUGCACACGGACCUACAGCACGGCGGGCAACCUGCGCACGCACCAGAAGACCCACCGGGGCGAGUACACGUUUGUGUGCAACCAGUUGGGUUGCGGCAAGGCCUUCCUCACCUCCUACAGCCUGAAGAUCCACGUGCGCGUUCACACCAAGGAGAAGCCCUUUGAGUGUGACGUGCAGGGCUGCGAGAAGGCCUUCAACACUCUGUAUAGACUGAAAGCGCACCAGAGACUGCACACGGGGAAGACGUUCAACUGUGAAUCGGAGGGAUGCACAAAGUACUUUACCACACUCAGUGACCUGAGGAAGCACAUUCGCACUCAUACAGGGGAGAAACCAUUCCGGUGUGACCAUGAUGGUUGCGGMAAGGCGUUUGCUGCCAGCCAUCACCUAAAGACGCACGUGCGGACACACACAGGGGAGAAGCCUUUCAAUUGUCCCAGCAACGGCUGUGAGAAAGCAUUCAGCAGCCAGUACAGUUUGAAGAGUCACGUCAGGGGCCAUGGGGACAAGGGCCAGCCCUUCAGUGUCACCCUCACACACCCCCUGUCCGAGGAUGCAAAUCAUUCACUGUGCCUCAGUGACUUGAGCCUCAUCUCGACUGACUCGGAGCUCAGAGAAAACAUCCACAAUCACUUGGACUUGAGCAGUGUUACCCCUGUGAGGAUCUUCGAGCUCAUGUUCCAGAGUCCGGAGAACAGUGUCAGUCAAGACGAUGCACAUCCUCACGAGAGCCUUGUCGAAGCCUUUGGCCAGGAGACUGGUCAGUCCACCAUGGGCGAUGGAUCCACCCCUAUCUCCUUCUCAUUCUCCCUCGUCCCUUCCUCCUCAUCCUCCUGUUCCCACUCCCACCCACACUCUCACCCUCACACCGACACCACCUCCACCACUGUCYUGGAGGCUUCCUCCCAGCUCCCUGUUAGCCAAACCCCCUCUUCCCAACCGCCAGCAUCUCCUGCAACCAUUAGUAAUGUUACCGCAAUCAGCUCCACCCAGCCCCUUGCCACCUUCGUAACCUUACCCACUGCCCUGCAGACACCAGAUGUGCCUGCCCCCUACGUGGCGCUGCCCGCCCAGACCGCUCCAAUAGUGCCCUCUGCUGCGCCAGUAGUGGUGCCAGGCCCAGCCCUCGCCAACGCGGCUCUGGGCGCUGUAGUCGCUGCCACCCCCACAGAGACUGUGCCGCUGCCCGCCGUGGCUCACACACACACUGUGCCUUUGGCCAGCAACACCAACCCUGCCCUGGCGCCCCCAGCCUCUGCCCCCACCAUCGCCCCAAGCCACAGCCACACCCAGAGCCUGCUGCAGCCCAGCAUCGUCAUGUCCGACCAGAACYUGCAGUGGAUCCUUAACACCGCUGCCAACAGCCAACAGAACCCAGAGCAAGCGCCACACGGAGGUCCAAAAGUGGAGAAGGUCUUCUUCACCACAGCCAUACCAGUGGGAGGAAAUUCAGGCAACUCUGUCCAGCAGAUCGGCCUCAGCCUGCCCGUCAUCAUCAUCAAACAGGAGGAGUCCUGCCAGUGCCAGUGUGCCUGCAGGGACUCUGCUAAAGACAAGCUCUCCAACAAGAGCAGCAACGCCUCGGCAGCACGACAACAACAGCCCGCAGUGCUCCCCRCUCCUCUACCACCCCCCGCUCCCGUGACACUGCCCUUUCCCCCCGUACCCCCCCCGGCACCCUCUUCCCCCUUGUGCUGCCUCCCACCGCUCACCUCGGAAGUGAACGAGUCCCCUCCUCUUCCCCAAACAGGAGCGGUACUAGGACCGGGUAGCCCCUCCCCCUCAACCUCUGUACAGACGUUCCCCCCAGGGGUGGCCACGGCGACCACCAACCCCCCCACCAUCACGUCCAUGGUGGCCAAACCAUCCGUGUCGGACUUCCUGUCCCUGCAGAGCCCCGAGAGCACGGCCAACAUCGARGCUUUGCUACUGGUGACCAGCARUGAUAACUUCACUAUGGCCACCGCUGGCACUAGCACCACCACCAACCCCUAGUGGUCCCUAUUCUCCACUCUUCUCUUGCAUACUCCCAGUCAUGGAUUUAAAAGCAUUUUUGUGUAAGCGUUGGGCAGAGGGAGUUUCUACCAUUGUUAAAUUAAAGGGAGUGUGCAUAUGCACAUAUGCAGCCGUACUUGCCGAUUCACCCACUACGCAUCUGCUUUUCAAGUAUUGUAAGUGGAACUUAAUGAGGGGGCUUAUUUUGAAAAAGCCGCAAAAUGCAUGCCAGUCUAGAAAAGUGUUCUUAAUUGGCUGGCUCUCCAUCAAACAAGGUCCUAAGCACUGAUCAUUUGAAAGGCCAGAGGAACUAUUGUGUCCUUCUAAUAUGGCGUGAAGCUGAUUCCUGAGAGCAACAAAACAUUGUCUAUAUCCAUGUACUGUACAAUAGUUCUUAACUGUAACUAUUAUGAUUAGUUGGUAAGUGAUUGACCAGAAUGCACUGCAUGUGAAGUGAAUUGGAAUUUCAUCAACUAUAUUUCCUACAAGGAAUUAGUGUGGCAGUGUUGCCAUUCCCUUAAAAGCAAUGUCUUGCUAAUGCCAUAAUGUGAAGAGUAAUUUCCAGUGUUUUACCUAAAUYAGCUAGUGUAGCCCAGAUCAUUGUUUUGUCUUUUGUCUCGCUUUGUUCGUUUUUGUCUUUCUUUACAGGUAUAUUUACUAAUUGAAAAAGAAAUUGCCUGUGACACAAUUUGCUUGCCUUUUUAAAUAUAAUUUAGAAGUAAAUACAUUAGUAAUAAGCCUAUAACUUAAUAUUUAAUUUGUCAAUAAUUUUUAUUUAUUGGAGARAAAAUAUCAAAAUCUCUGACCUUAGACUGUCAUCAAGUCACAGCUUAUUCAUCAUCAUUGUAAUCAUUGUUAAUUUAUUCCACUUUUCGCCCAAGGUUUMUUUUUUAGUCCCCCCUGUUACUGAUUUUUGUUUUAUGGAGCCCCUCUCAAUUCGUUUCAGAAAGCUGUUUCAACACAACGCAAUUAAUUGUAUAUUAAGGUUGUCAAAGGUCCUAAAUUGAGUUUUGGUCAGCAAAAUGUCUUCACAAUGAAAUCAUGAAUCAAUUAUGAAAAUAAUUGCUCACAACACUGUUUCUCUAUGAAUUUGGACCCACUCAGGGAUGCAUCACGGCAUAUCUAAUUUAUACAGCUUGAGAUUUUCCUUUAUUUAAUAAGAGCUUGUCCAUUUAGACAUUUUAGGAGUCAACUGCCCGGAUGCCCAUCGAUUGUAGUAGCCCCCUUUUUCGGCUGCACUCUCCCCUCUUUGUGCACUGUCUAAUAUGACUAGUUAUCUGCGUUAUUACUAUGACAAUAUUUAAAUACCACUGCUGUCAGAAGGGGUUUCUGAAGGGUGUUGAUGGUGUAAAUACAUUACAUUUAAAUAUAUGAACACUUAUUCCUUCAGCUUGUUUUAGAAUGUAUUUGUUUUGUAUAUACAUUUUGAAUAUGUAGACUUGAACCUUGGAAACUAAAGACAAUACCCCCUGCGCUGCCCUUUGUCUUUGCAUUCUGCCCCCAUGCAGAUGCUCACACGUCGUAUGCAGAAGAGUAUAAAAUGAAGCCUUAUAAUGGUUUAGUUUUAGGGCCAUUGGCUUCUGUGCAGUCAACAUAGUAUUUAUUUUCAAAUGCAACUGUAAGUAACUUUCUUAGAGUAUAUGACGAUAUUGUUUCACAUGGGACAUAAUGCAAUGAUUUACAGAACAACAACAAAAAUAAUUGGAGAGAAGGCAUUAUGCCCAAAUAUCAUGUGUAGAGCAAACUUGCCUUACUACAGGAUAUCUCACUUGCUGUGGCUUACUGAGCUGGCUCCUUGUUUUGUCAAUCUUUGCCUAUGGCUUGAUUUGGACACGCUGCCUGACUUUCCUCCUGUUCAUCUAGUCUUGUUCAAUGCCUUUUAGCAGCUGUCUACAAGUGGACAAAAUUACAUUGAAAAGAAAUGCUUCAUUUUUUGUUGGAAGAUUUAACAGAUAAAUGUGCCAACAAAUCAAAUGAUCCCCCAAUUAUUAUUUUUCUGUUGUCAUUUUUUAUGUGAAGAUGUUACUGCAGAAAUAUACUGUAGACUGAAA